CAGCCAGUUGUCGCGCAGUAACCAAGCGUCCUCACCAGACACAAUGAACCCCGUUGUUGUUGUAGCUGCUCUGGCCACCCUGACGGUCUCGGCUUUUGCCCAAACCACCGAUCAGUGCUCUGAAGCUCUUGGGAGCGAAUGGGUUUGGAGCAGGAACUUCGCGCGCAAAACCAGUGAUUGUACCUUGGGUUACCACUGCUCAAAUGGACAACCCGUGGCGCUUCCACGCCCAUGUCCAGGCGACUUGUACUUCUCACUCAGUCUAGGAGUGUGUGUGCCUUCGGACACCGUCUACAUGACUCUUUUCUUCGGGGCGAACACAUGCGAUCAAGAGACGCAGAGAUACAACCAGGCACUAAGGACUCGUCGUGUAAACACUUGUACUGCCUUCCGGCGAACUUACGCCAAUGAGCCGUCCCAGACUCGCCUGUACGCCGGGGACCCGCAAGACUGUAGGCAGUACUUCAGCUGUCAAGUGGAUGGCGGCAAGGACUGGCUGCACAUCUGUCCUGGGGAAACCUAUUUCGACAACACUGUGGGUGACUGCAGUAUGCUGACGGCCGACCCGAGCAAGUGCGCCAGUUAAAUAACAGACGAUAUGUACAGAAUAAAAGAAAUUGAUUCUACUCCAUGUAUAUGGUUGUAAUUCCCUGAAUAAUAAAACGAUUCAUGUUUUUGUAAAACA